AUUAUGUUGUGUCCUCACCUCUAAUACAACAAUUAUAUUAUACAAUAAUCAACUUUACAUAUGAUAUUGAGGUUAAGCCUAAAGUUAGAGAACAGGCGGCUAUAGAAAGAGAGAGAGAGAGAGAGAGAGAGACAAAAAAUGUGUGAUAUGAGUACAUAUUACCCAAACAAUGGGGGUUAUGUGUCGGGACCCACACCUCAUGACCAAUACAACGGUGAAACACAUCAUCACGUGAUGAAUGCUUGUCAUGAGAACGGUAGAGGACCGCCACAAGUACACCCUUACCAUCAAAUGCAAUACGGAGGUCAACAAACACAACAACAACCCAAUUAUCCCCGAUUCCCACCUUUUGAUCGAAUUGAGGUCAAGCCUUGUCCCGACGGUACAAAUCCACAAGAGCCUAGUCCUUACUACAACUGCAACACUAACAGUGCACCGGCACCUCAUCAACCUAAUGUACAGCAGCCGCCACCACCACAUCAACAAUCAGUUAUACCCAUUCAAUACGAUACAUGCGGUAGUCGCGGAUCUAUAACACCUCCUCAUGAAUCACAACAACAAUAUUCAAGUUGCAAAAUGCAACAACCAAUGCACCCACACAACGAUGGUCUGUCCACUGGUCUGCCCAAUAUGAUGGCAGGAGGACCGCCCUGUUCGCCGCCGUCGCCACACCACACACAACACCAUCAAAUGUAUCAGUCUGGAGGACCCGUUCCCAGUCCUCAACAAAACUCCAAUCCGGGACUCUCGUCACCACUUUAUCCAUGGAUGAGAUCUCAGUUUGAGCGUAAAAGAGGACGACAGACAUAUACGAGAUAUCAGACCUUAGAGUUGGAAAAGGAGUUUCAUUUUAACCGAUAUUUAACUCGAAGAAGACGUAUAGAGAUCGCACACUCUCUAUGUUUGACUGAAAGACAAAUUAAAAUAUGGUUUCAAAAUAGACGAAUGAAAUGGAAAAAGGAGAACAAGAAUAAGAUUGAACAGGGAAUGCCAAUGGGUCCGGGAGGGGCACCCCAUGAACUUACACCACAUCAUGAUAACGGACAUCGAGGGGGUGUUUGAAACUUUGAAAUCAUCAAAAACACCACUUUUAAGGCAAAACUUAU